CGAUAAAUUUUUUUCUUCCUGCUUCAAUCAACGUGGUCCAACUUCCACUUGAUGCAUAAAGCCUUUCUCAAUUGACAAAAAUGGCGCGGCAUCCUUUAGAUAAGACCUCACAGCACCGGCGACGGCAGAAUGCUUUGUCGCAGCGGAACUAUCGCACGCGGCAAAGAAAUAGGAGACUCAUGCUGGAGAAUCUAGCUAUCUCUAGCAUCAUUCUUCCAUCUACCAUGGAUGUCUCAUGCAUCCAUAGCGUAGCAGCGGCGCAGCAGAACCAUCAAGACCGAGCGGCUGGACCAAGUCAGUCGGCAAAAGCCAUCUGGCCUACUAUCCUCGAUGCGGCAUGUCACAGUUCAGAAACCGCAACAGCAUUUAAGGCUUCCGACUUCUUCUCCUGCAUCGAUUCCUGCCCAGAAAGGGAACGUCGAGCCUUUUUCUUACUAAUGACAAAAGAACUCUUUGGUAUCCGGGAUAUCAUCAAAUAUGGGCUCAUCUUCCUAGGAUAUCUCGUGAGCCCCUCACUUUACGAUAACGCCAUGCAUCUUCCGAUGAGCCAAUGGAUUCAUGACAUUCAACAAAGUCUAGGCAGCUUUGAUCUUAGAGCCGCAACGAAAGCCGGUAUUAGUGUUCUAGGAAAAUUAAACAUACCGUCGGGACAUAAUUCCAGGAUUCACGAGAUAGUAACGUCCCCAUUAAGUCACUUCCAGCCCAAAGACUACAUUCUGCUCUGCCGAGUUUCGUUUGUGUCGGCUGUUUCCAUGAAUGCACGACAUCUGGGGAUCCCAUGGCACGACCUCAUAUCUUUUGAAUCCAAAUCACCAUUUCCUUGCCUGAGAGAGAAGCUCAUACAACAAGAACUUCUAAAUGACGUCGAAGAAACUACCGAGCAGGCAGCUCAAAUGCGUCUGAUACUAAAGGAUUACUUGAAGAACAUACAAUCUGAUCUUGUGCCCACAGAGGAACAGCUAACCAUGGCUCACCACCCGACACUGGAUCUCAUCCCAUGGCCAAACUUUCGCUCCAAAGCCAUCACCGCACUAAACUCAACUCCCCCGUUGAUAGACAGGGAGGAUUUCUGUCUUGACUUACUCAACGACGGUCUUCGAUGCUGGGGCUUUGCAAACGGGACCUUUUUGCCCUCCGCGGCGCCUUGGGACGCUCAGAACUGGGAGGCAGCGCCCUGGUUUCUGGAUAAGUGGGAGCAUCUCACUGACGGAAGAGACGGGGACGAAUGGAAGAUAAGUGAGCGGUGGUGGUCUAUGGGUGCUAGGUCGAGUGUGUAAUAGAGAGCGAGUACAAGCUCAUUUUAAUAUGCAUUGGGAGAGAAUGAGUAGAUGAGAAACACAUCAUGACUAUUGUUCUUUAGCGAGUACGACUACUUUGCUGAGGCAAGUAAAUGUUAUUGAAUUGAUCAUGACACCGCUAAGACCUGCGAUCAACGUUGCCUGCA